AGUUAUUCAUCGGACGCGGAGCGAAAUUGUGUCAGAGUUUUGGGAAAGCGUCGCGUCAUAUUCUUGAUAUAAUAUCUCUGUGUAUACAUAUAUAUUUUGAGCAUAGACGCACCUUUGGAAUAUGUUAAUGGUGUAUAUAUACGCACAAUUGCAAAGUGUGGGAGCUCAAUAAAGCUAGUGAUUUUUUAUAAAUAGUAUUGACAUCAUGAGCCAUUGAUUUAUUUAAAUUUCAAAUAAAUCAAAUUAAAAAUUCAAGCUGGUAUUCAAAAGAUUGCCUCAUGAUCUCAUAUAAAUAUACGAAUCAUCAUCAAAUGUGCCAAGAGCGCAGAGCACUCACUUAAGAGUAGUUAAAGAGAGCGACGCAACGGAGCGACUCGAAUAUCAUCGUGAAACCAAAACAAAAAACUCGUUUUUCUUUUAUUUUUUUGAGCACUGCGCAAGCAGCUCAGCAUUGCUCACACACACAGGAAUUUCAAGCAUUCUUCAGUGAGACAGUGUCAGAGAAAGAAACUCCAACUUGUCGAUAUAGAAUGGCGUCCACAACGGCUUACAAGAUUUUGGCCUAUUCGUUGCAAGUACUUUGUACGUUGCUGGCACUGGUGCUGAUAUCCUUUGGCGUCUACAUAAUGUCCUACGAAACAAAUGAGAUUGGCAAUAUUGUAUCCGUUUUCUAUAUUGGAUUUGGCACUGCCGCCAUUAUCAUGCUUCUAUGGGGCUAUCUGUCCGCUUGGAGGGAGAAUGUCUGCUGUACAGUGUCUUUUAUCACUAUUUUGUAUGUGGUAAUCAUUGUGCAGCUGGCAGGUUUAUGUUUGCUCGCCCAGAAAGAAAGCACAGCAGCCUCGAAUUUGGCCAACUCCUUGGAAGCGACAUGGGAGGAGGAGCUGAACAGUCCUGGCGCGAUGUCAUUGUAUGAGAACUGGUUCCAAUGCUGUGGGCGCGGUAGUCCUCAGGAUUAUAUUGUUAAUGAACGCCUGCCGCCUGCAACCUGUUUCCGGGAUCAUGACAGAAGCAAGGCGGACAAUCUGAUCCAUACGGGCUGCCGUGUGGAGUUUGAGAACUAUUGGCAGAAUUUGUUGGGAAUUUUUAAUAUUAUUGGCUGGGUCCUUGUCGCCGUUGAGUUGAUCCUUAGCUUUGUGUCCUGCGGUCUUUGCAACAGCAUUCGCAAUGAUCGCCGUCGAACAUACUACUAAGGAUUUUGUCCACUCUGGAAUUUGCAUUUGUUGAAAUUGAUGUGCUUCAAAUAUGUUAUUAUAUGGUGUUUAAAUUAUUAUGCUAUUUUUAAAUGAUGUUAACCGAAAGCAAGUUAAAAGUUUCAAAAAUGUACCUCAAAAUUUGAACCACUAUUGAAAAUGUUGCAAGCUAGGGAAAUAUUACAGUGUAAAUUGCUUUUGAUGUACAUACAUAUAUACAUUUAGUAUUGUUAUGAAACGAGUUGCUAUUUAUAAUAAAUAAUCACCAAAAACAAA